GGUAAACACUUGGCAACCUUACUGAGAUAAAAACAAUCCAAUGCCAAAAUACCUGUACAACCUAUCUACUUACAAACAAAGGAACUAAAAUCCACAGGACAUUAACGACGCUAUGGUAACCUACUACCACUCACUAUACAACCUCAAGGACGAUCCAGAUUUACACCAACCCACCUCCUCAGACAUACAGGACUUCCUCCGGCGAACCACACUACCGGCACUUUCAGCUCAACAAAAAACAACUUUACAAAACCCAGUCACGACACAAGAAAUCCAACACGCCAUCCAAUCUCUCCCUCACGGGAAAUCACCAGGACCUGAUGGCCUGACAAAUUCCUAUUACAAGUCACAGACUGCAUCCCUUGUCCCAUAUCUAGAAAAAUCCUUUAACCAUAUUAUCACAACCGGCCACACUGCCAAAACCAGGCAAACCCCCGACCAAAUGCCAGAACCUAAGGCCAAUAUCUCUCCUCAACACCGACACUAA